AUGGCGAACGCCGCGGUUGAGGUGACCCAAGUCGCGGGCAACUCGAAGGACCUCGCCGGUGACCUCUUCGCCGCGCAGCAAGCCAAGCUCAACACCAAGCCAGCCAAACCGGCCAAGUCGUUCGCGGCUCCGUCCGCGAGUGCGCCGUCUUUGCCGUCAUUCAGCGCACCGUCCUUGCCGUCCUUCAGCGUGCCGUCCUUCGGCUCCAAGAAGGAUGCGGCUCCGAAGGCUGAGGCGCCGAAGAAGGAGGCGGCCGCGAAGUCGAGUUCGGGCUCUUCUGAAGGCCUCAAUCUGGGUCUCGUCAUGGCGGUUCUCUUCUCUCCGCUUCUCGUUGUGCAAGCGGUGACGUUUGGUACGUUCGCGCGUUUGGCCGGUGGCAAGAAGUAA